AUGGCUUUUUACCUAAAUGAAAACCUGAUCACCUGGUGCUCACAAAAGCAAAAGACAGUAGCCUUGUCAUCCUGUGAAUCUGAGCUUAUGGCAGCCACAGCAGCAGCUAAGCAGGCAUUGUGGCUGAGGAAUUUGAUCAGUGAGAUUACCAAAGAAAAGCCAAAGGCAGUAACUCUCUUUGUUGAUAACAACUCAGCUAUAGCUCUGAUGAAAAAUCCUGUGUUCCAUGGAAGGAGUAAGCACAUUGACAUCAAAUACCAUUUUAUCAGAGAGUGUAGAGAGGGACAGAUCAUUGUGAAGAGAGUUUGCACUGAGGAGCAGAAAGCUGAUGCUCUGACCAAGGCUUUGCCGGCUGGGAAGCUGUCAGUCAUGAGACACUUGCUCGGGGUCAGGGAUCUCAGUGUGUGCUAG